AUGACUCAGGGGAUCCCGUCGUAUCUAACGGGACACUAUCCUUUCGCGAGCUAUGGCGGCCAGGCGUCCUAUCACUUCGGCGCGCCGUUUCCCCCCAUGUACGGCGCGCCCAUGCAUAUGCAGCUUCCGCCGCACAUGAGUGCGCAGGCUUCCGCGCACACGCACGCGCACGCGCACGGAACAGCACACGGAGCGACGCACGCAGCGGCUCAUCCAAGCUACGGCUUCCCCCCUCCGCCGACCGCUCGACAUCACCCAUCUCGCCAUGCCGCCGCAGCAGCAGGCCCGACGAAGAGACUCCGUCGCACCGGUCGAUCUGAUCGCGACAGCAUGGGUCACAUCCCCACGCCUUUUUUCAACGACAGUCCGGUAGAUGUCGAGAUCGACGGUGCUGAUGAGCCGAGAGGCGAUGACGCAAGGUUAGGCAGCAGCAGCUGUGGCAAUCCCGCGUUCGAUGAACUUUCCUGGGGGUUCCCUGAUCUUGAGUUAAAGCCGAAGCUUGACCCUGCGGCCGUGGCGACUACCGAUUCGCGAAAUUCUGAUGUGCGAUCUUUGGAACCUCCAACGAUCUCUGGUUACGCGCCGCACGUGACGCACGAUGACGUGUACUACACGGAAUACUACCCGCAUCCGGCGGCGGAAUAUCCUCCAAUGGCGAACCCGUAUCACGCGGCGGCGUACUUCCAGCCUCAUCCAUCUCAUCACCCUCAUCCUCUCUACAGUCAUCACCUGUACAAGCAGCGGCACGCGGAAGCCGCAGCGAUGGCGAGGCAAGCGCGAGUGGCGGCGACGAGGGAGGCGCUCGCAGGGCGAAACGGUGCGCAAUCAAUCACAGGGCGAAACGUGAAGGCGCCAGGAGUCGCACACGCGAAGGCGACGGGGAAGAGAAAGGGAGGCGACAGCGUCGCAGAACCGCACACUCUCGGUGGCGGUUUUGAGUUCGACGAGCAGCUCGAUUUCGCCGGCGCCGUCGCUGCUAACGAGCCCUGUGCUGUCGUCCCGUCGCGCGCUGAUCGUCCCGCUUCUCCCGCUGACGUACUCGUUCCGUCGUCCCCGUCUGUGCCGUUUCUACCCGCCGCUUCCGCCGAAACUGCUUCUGCAUUUCCAGCUGCCUCGCGCCAUCCGUCGCUCUCCCUCACUGCGGAGCGCGACGGCCCGUGUGGUUUCGGCAUUCAUCCUCCUCUCCUUAAAGACCGCGACGAUGCGACCCCCUCGGUUUUAUUCCCGCCGCCUGUUCCGCGUAUGCCUGUUGCGGUUUCAUCCCCCGUCGUGCCUUCCGCCGUGCCUUCCGCCGCUGCGAGUAUUCCGCCGACAGUCGAUCCGAAGCGAAGAAGGUUGCUCCGCAACAGAGUCAGCGCUCAACAAGCUAGAGAGAAGAAAAAAUACUACAUCAAUGGGUUGGAGGGGAGAGAGGCAGUACUUGUGGCGGACAAUGAGGCGUUGGAGGCUACGAUUGCCGCUCUGACAAAGCCAGCCGGAAUGGCGGCAACAGGCGUCGCCGUCACUCGUGCCGCGGCCACGUACCCGUGCAACGCAUUGCCAAUGGACUCGACAAGAACUUCCUCGCGAGUUCAUUUCACGCCUCCUAGAACCACCUUGCGCUCUCUCUUACUAGGACCGCAAGCCAGCGUGGUCGACGGCGUGGCGACCCGAGCCUCGUUUUUAACUAGCAAAGCCGCAUUCUCUGGCGGAUUUUCCGCCGCUAAUUUCGGCACAGCGACGCCGAGUCUGUCAGGCGGGCGCCGGAGCGUCAUCCGCACAUCCGCGGGGGAACCGGAAGGCGCGGGGAAGAGCGCAGGGGGAAAGGCGGAGGAGCGCGCGGGGCCGACAGCGGAGACCUCUCCGCUGGUGCGCUUCGCGUGGUAUGCGUCAGAGGCGUUCGGGAAGGCGGUGGCGGCGGUCCGCGGGGGGGAGGCGGAAGGCGGAAGGGGGAAGGGCGCAACGGCGGAAGGGGAGCCCGCGGUGGUUGAGCGCGACGCGGCGAUUAAAGCGCUCAGGGAAGACUAUGACAAGUCGUACUUCGUGACAGGCGAGAUGACCAUGUGGCUGUACGAGCCAGAUUGCGAGUUCGCCGACCCCUUUGUGUCGUUCAACGGCCGAGAUCGAUUCAAGCAGAACGUGUCCAACCUCGGGUCGUUCAUGGAGGAAGUUUCUCUGAAGAUUCUCGACUGGCAGGAGUCAGAGGGCACGGUUACCACCAAGUGGAGAUUCAGCUGCGUGUUGGGCCUGCCAUGGCGCCCCAUUCUCGCUGCAUCCGGGUCGACAGACCAUUUCUUCAACGAAUCGACAGGAAAAAUAUACAAGCAUGUGGAGCGGUGGGACAUUUCCCCUGCAGAUGGCAUCAAGCAGCUCCUCAAGCCCAACCCUAAACUCAGAAAGCGCUAG